AUGGACCGACCAGCACCACCAUCCCACAAUGAGACCGGCCUCAAGAUCUGGAGCUGCGUGAUAUGCCGCCGCCGUAAAAUCCGCUGCGACAGAAAAGACCCGUGCUCCAACUGCACCAAGAGCAACAUAGACUGCCACUUCCCCGUAUCAGGCCGCAUACCGCGCCGCAGCCGUGACCCCAACGCCUCCAGCUCAAAGACGCCUGCGCAGAAGCAGUCGGAGCUGCUCGGCCGUCUGCGCCGUCUCGAGUCAGUCGUCACGGAGCUUGCGGCUCAGGUCGAGGACGAAAAUGGGGCCAAGAUAGACUCCCACUCACAUGUCAUGGGUGGCAUCACUGUGGAUGCCGCUGCGACAGAGUCUUCGGCGGCUACGUCAUCUCAGGCUGGCACCGAGUAUGAUGAGGAUUUUGGGCGGCUUGUGGUUGACAAAGACGGAGGACUUCACGUUGGGAAUCGUUUCUGGUCUGUGUUUUGCGGUGAAGUAGAUAACAUUCUGCAGGCAGUUCACGACGUGGCCGAUUACUCUGAACCUUCAAGCAGCUCAGUCAUGGCUGAACCUACCAUUGACGGAAGUCCGUCUCCCUUCAGCCAUCUUGGCUUUGUCUUUGGAAGUGCUGAAUUCGCAAAGGCUCUGGACGGACUUAACCCCAUGCCUUCCCAGAUGCUCUUCAUCUGGCAAGCAUAUGUCGAGAAUGUCGAUCCUUUCAUUAAGGUUCUACAUACCCCUACCGUUGAGAAAGUUGUCAGGGGAUUGAGAGGGAACUUCAGCUCUUGUGGUGACAAUAUGGAGGCGCUGUUAUUCGCUAUAUCACUCGCAGCCAUUGCGUCCAUGGACGAAGAAACAGUGUCGUUCAACUUCAACACGCCCAAGGCACAGCUACUACAGCGAUAUCAAUUCGGCACAGAGCAAGCAUUAGCACGUGCCAAUUUUCUAUCUACGAAGGACAUCACCGUGCUUCAGGCUGUGGUUAUAUAUCUUUCUCUACUGCCAAACAUCGGAGCCCAGGAUAAGGUAUGGCCGUUGACGGGGUUGGUACUAAGACUGGCAAAGUCUGCGGGCCUACACCUUGAAGAUGACUCCAGCCGAUACAACCAGCUCGAAGGAGAAAUCAGGCGUCGUCUGUGGUGGCACAUCUGCUUCAUCGACUCCGGCAGUCGACGCGCUGACGCCCAGGACCUAUCCAUCACGCCAGCAGGUUUCAGCACCGGACUUCCCAUUAACACAAACGACUUUGAUUUGGAGAGUUCAACAACAGACUUGCCAAGUCCUGACCAAGGGUCAACGGGUGUAACGCUCUGUCUGAUCCGCUGCGAGUUGUGGUAUUUAACACAGGCUAUACGUGUUGAUACAAGCAAGUCGCAGGAAACUCGCCUCGGCCACUUCAAUGCUCUGAAAGAAAAGGUCCAAAAUACUUAUUUCCAACACUUACAGGCGAGAAAACCCUGGGAUUCGUUUAUCAUGACCAUGGCCAAGCUCUUCUUUGCAAAGGUCGAACUUGUCAUCCGACGACAAUCCAGCAACCAGGCUCCAACAGAUGAACUGCUAAAGCCAUCGAUCGAGGUUAUCACAUCUAUUCAAUCUCUAAAGUCAGAACCAUCGUGGUCAAAAUGGCGCUGGCAGCUGCAGGGUCAGAUGCCAUGGCAUGCAAUGGGCGUCUUCCUCCGUCAGGUUUCUCGUCUGCCCUGGACACGAGACCUAGAAGAAGCCUGGAGCGCAACUAUAGUCCUUAGAGACUCGGCUACAAAAGAUAUGAAGACCGGACCAUUGUGGAAAUCUUUGAUGGAGCUAAACACACAAGCCGAAAAGCAUCGUGAGAAGGAACUCGAGCGCCAAGGGGCCAAUGCCCAACAUACCCGCGAGCGAGGCAGCCGCGUCAAUUCCGACGUCCAGCAGAUGCUCGACAACGCUGCGAACAUGUCUUCCGAAAUCCCCGUGAACCAUCCUCUGAUCGACACGUCAACGUUUGACUCGUCUCUACACAUAUCGCCCCCUGACAGCGGCGCUUUUUCUAUAGAGCGGCUGUCAACCGGGUUGGGCACUGCAUCUGAUGAUCUUCCCUCGUGGUCAGAAGCUGGGGGCGAGAUAGAUCUCGACCAGUUUUAUUCCUUUGGCAAUUCGACAUCAGAUAAUGGUGCUACUGAUUGGAUGGAUUGGGAUGCUUUGAUAGACGUGGAUGAGACUUGGAAUUGGAAUUUUAUGUAG